AUGUCGGAGGGCAGCUGUGGCGGGGAUGCCCCCGCCCCUGCCCCUGCCCCUGCCCCCGGCCUGGUCCGCCCGGCCUUCGUCCGCCGCCCGGCCCCGUCCCUCCCCCCCGGCCGCCUGCCCUCCAUCCGCUCCCGCGACCUCACCCUCGGAGGGGUCAAGAAGAAAACCUUCACUCCCAACAUCAUUAGUCGGAAGAUCAAGGAAGAGCCCAAGGAGGACACCUCGGUCAAAAAGGAGAAGCGAGAGAGGGACCGAGACCGCCAGCGCGAUGGCCACGGACGGGGACGGGGUCGGCCGGAGGUGAUCCAGUCCCACUCCAUCUUUGAGCAGGGGCCCGCGGAGAUGAUGAAGAAGAAAGGCAGCUGGGAUAAGACGGUGGACGUGCCGGACUUUGGCCCAUCCCAUAUCAUCAACAUCAAAAAGGAGAAGAGGGAGACCGACGAAGAGACCAAACAGAUCCUGCGCAUGCUAGAGAAGGACGACUUCUUGGAUGACCCCGGCUUGAAGAACGACACUCGCAACAAGCCCGUGCAGCUGCCGCUGGCCCACUCGGGCUGGCUGUUUAAGGAGGAGGGCGAGGAGCCAGAUGCCCAAGCCUCGCCGGGGAACCCCAAAGAGGAGGACAUGGAGGUGGAUGCGCCCACCGUAAAAGUCAAGGAAGAACCUCGAGAUGAGGGUGAAGAGACCAGGGCAGAGGGGCCUCCUAAGGCCGCCAGGAAGGCGCCGGGACUCCCUCGGGAUGUGUCCGUAUCAGAGCUGCUUAAGGAGUUGAGCCUGGCCAAGGAGGAGGAGGAGUUACUCUUCCUGCAGCUCCCGGACUCGCUUCCCGGCCAGCCUCCAACUCAGGACGUGAAGCCCGUUAAGACCGAGGUGCAGGGCGAAGACGGACAGAUGGUGAUGAUAAAGCAGGAGAAGGACCGGGAGGCUAAGCUGGUGGAAAACGUGUGUACCCUGAGAGAUCUGUCAGAAGGCCAGGUGGGAAAGCUGCUCAUCCGCAAGUCCGGGAAGGUGCAGCUGCUUCUGGGCAAGGUCACCCUGGACGUCACGAUGGGCACUCCCUGCUCCUUCCUGCAGGAGCUGGUGUCCGUGGGCAUCGGGGACAGCAGGACGGGUGAGAUGACCGUCCUGGGCCACGUGAAACACAAGCUGGUGUGCUCCCCCGAUUUUGAAUCCCUCCUGGAUCACAAGCAGCGAUAGCCAAGAGUCGGGAGGAGCAGAGACAGUACCGGAGCUGCCCUCGGGCCCAGGAGUCCCGUUCCCCAGCAGCCAAGGAACCAGGAGGCGUCUCCGGACCGAACUGUCCGUCUCUGCCCCCGUCCCCGUGAAGCCCGGAGGGGCCCUGUGGCUCCCUCUCCCAGCACGUGGUGGUCGGCUCGGUGGCUCCGUAGACCUGACUGGGGACGGGCCCUCCCCGCUCUAUUUAUUGUAUUUAUGUUUUUCUGGUCCUUUUGGCUCGUCAUCAUCAAUCUGCAGAUAUUCACAUCUGAUGGAGACUGGGUGGCGGGAAAGGCCGAAGCAGGGGUAGAACCCAAUUUUGGAAAAAUAAUGGUGGUCACUCUCCUUCCUGUUGGCUUUGUUCCCAAGAAGGAAAAUAGAAAUAUCCUCUCUGUCUCCUCCUUCCAUGCACCCAUCAGAGCUUCCUACCCCUGUGAUGUACUUUGGUGUUUUACUCCAUCCCUCCUUCUACCUCUCAGACAAACGUGCUUACGGUUAGAAUUUUUAUACUCCUCUCUUCUCCCGAGUGAGAACCUCUAACUGUACACGAUUAAAAUGCUUCUCUCCA